AUGGACACAGAAGAAGAAUGUUUUUCUGGAGAUGAAAUUGAUCAAUUUAAUUGUCCUAAACAUUUACUUAUUUAUACAAGUAAACUAAUUUUGAUAAUUUAUUUUAUUAGAUUACUGUACAACUACAUAAUAAUUACUAUGUUAAGAAUGUUUGAUCAAAUGUAGUUUAAAAGUAUAAAAUAUCAUUUCAAUUGAAAAAGUAUUAUUAUUAUUUAUAAUUAUUAGGCUUUAAAUAACAUAAGUUUAUAAAAUAAAUAGUAAUUGUAAAAAGUUCAAAAAAUCAUUAAAAACUACAAUAAUCUUGAUGAUCAAAUUUAAAAAGAAAAUACUUAGAUUAAUAAAAUGUCUUAAAUUUAAAUUCAAUCAUUAAAUUCAAUUUGUUCUUAAAUUAUUGAAAUUGUUUAAAUGAAAUUUUAAGAAUUAAUUGAAUAAGUUGAAGUCCAUAAAAUGAAACAUUAAUAAACUUUACAAGAUUCAAAAGUACACUUAAUUAUUAUUAUUAUAAAAGUGUAUAAUUGAUGAAUAUAAGGGAAGAGGAAUCUAAUUAGAAAAGAAUAUUCUAAAUCAAUAAAAUACAUCUGGAUAUGAAUAAUUGAAAAAAUUUAGAGAAUUUUAUACUAUAAAUUGUAAAACAAUCAAAGAACUUGAAAAUGAAUAUGAUAAUUUAUCUCAAGUUCCUAAAAUUUAAUAUUAGUAAUUGUAAAUUAGAAAUGCUACUGAUAUUGUUAGAUAAAUCUCUAAUAUAUUAUCUAUUUUAGAAAGAGAUUCAGAUUAUAGAAUCAAACGUGUAUCAUCUAAAUUAUUUUAAUAACCAAAUACAACUAGAGCAAGUCCAUUUUCUAAAAAAGGGUUUACUUAACAUAGUUCACCUCAUUUUAGUUUAUAAUCAUCAAAAUAAUAAAUGAGAAAAACAGAAAUCAAAUAAAUAACUUUAGAUAUACCAACUGAUUUAAGUUCAAUUUUAGAUAAAGCAUCUCCUGAAUAAUCAAUUAUUAAUGAUUUCUUUAGUAAUAAAUAAUCUUUAAGUGAACAUUCAAUUUCAUAAAUGGAAAUACCUAUUUAAAAUCAAACAUAAUUUUAUAUUAUAGGAGGAUUAUUAAAGGGUCAAAGAUAAAAUCUUAUAGAACUUGUUGAUAUAUAAUCAAAAUAAUCUAGUUAACAUGAUUUUUUGGUAUCAAAUCGUUAUGGAUUUUAAAUUGCAUAUCAUGGAAAUCAAAUUCUAUUAAUUGGAGGUAAAUAAGAAGGUAUUAGAACUGCUUUAUGUGAAUCAUAUGAUCCCAAUCUAAAAUAAUCUAAAAUCUCUUAAUUAAUACUUACUAAAGGAGUUAGUGGAUUAGCAUCUAAAUAAAUAGGAAAUAAAUUAUAUAUUUCAGGAGGUAAAACAGAUUAAGGAAUCUAAGAUAUUUUUUAACUUAUAAAUUUAGAUACUUAUUAAACUAAAAAUUUAUAAUCUAUUCCAAUAAAAUGUUAUAAUCACACCUUAGUUUAAGGUAAUGAACCAAACUCUAUGUAUUUAUUUGAUGAAUAGGGUUGUUUCAAAUAUGAUAUGGCAAUUAAUUAAUGGAAAAAAAUCAAAUCUCCUAGUUAUCCUAGAAGAAGCCAUAUUUCUUUGACACUUCCAGAUGGUAUAUGGAUUUUUGGAGGAAGAUCUGGCAAAAAAUAUAUUAAAUAAAUAGAGAAAUAUGAUGAAACCGAUUAAUAAUUUUAUUAAAUGGGAGAAUUAAUAUGUCCUACUAUUAAAUUUGAUGCAAUAGUUAGUGAUGACUAUUAAUUUGUGUAUUUAGUUGGUGGAAAGACUUAAGAAAAUAUUCCUAGUUCAAAUAUUUGGAGGUAUUAUAUAUUAAUAUACAUUUAAUUAGAUAUUCAAUUUUGACAAAUUAAUGUUAACUUUACAGUUAAUUUACAAAGCCUAGAUAUUCUCAUAAAUUGAUACCUAAAAAAAUUUGA